ACACACCGUUUAGUAGUAAACUUCCGGUCUGGCUUGCGGCAAAAGGAGCCGAGAAUAUGGAUUUUUAGAGGUUGAAACACGGAUUACAAGCUCAGUUUGAGAUGGGUCGGAGCAAGACCUCAUCUGGCGGAGGUCCCGGGGGUGGCCCGGGUGGGAGUCCAGGACAGGAGACGCCGGGCGCAAACACAGGACAAGUGGCCGAAAUCAGAAUCAAGGAGCUGUUAAAAGAACUUUUUGGUCUCAUACAUGAAGUGCAGAAAGAGCGUGACCGUAGUGAGCACAAUUUGACCAAUAUUUCUAAAACCCAUGAACGGAUGCAGCAGGAACAGAGGAACAAAUCAUUCACUCCCUACUACAAGAACAAGCUGCGUGGUCUCUACAACACAGCCAUGCAGGAUGCGGAGGCUGAGGCUGAGUUACUGAGAAAGGCACUGGACAAGAUCAGUGAGAUCAAAUCCAUUCAGAAUGACAAAAGGCAUGGGGAUGUUGAUCGACCGAAGCAGAUCAUGCGCCGUGGUGUUCUCAUGACGAUGUUGCAGCAAAACGCCGUCACUCUACCGCUGUGGGUCAGCAAGCCGGGGGAAAAACCGCCGCCUUUGUGUGGAGCUGUGUCAGCAGACAAUAAUUACGUUGCCAAGUCCAGCAACAAGGUGGCAGCCAGGGUCAAAGGUCAGGAUGGAGAGGAAAACUGGAUACUUGCCGAAGUCGUUUCAUAUAAUUCAUCUUCCAAUAAAUACGAAGUGGAUGACAUUGAUGCUGAGGAGGGGAAAGAGCGUCACUCCAUCAGUAGGAGGAGAGUUGUCCCCCUUCCCAUCUGGAAGGCCAACCCGGAGACGGACCCUGAUGCUCUGUUCCCCAAGGACACUCUUGUACUGGCCUUGUAUCCACAGACUACGUGUUUCUAUAGAGCUCUUGUAGACACACCACCUAAAGGGCCUCAAGACGACUACUCCGUGCUGUUUGAGGACACCUCCUACCAUGACGGCUACUCGCCCCCGCUGAUGGUGGCACAGAGAUAUGUGAUAGCCUGCAAGGAGGACAAGAAGAAGUGAGCUACAGUGCCAUUGUGACCUCCAUGUGUUCAGGGCGGAACACAGCUGGAAGCUGUGUUGGACAAAGUGUCACAGUUCAUUGUGGGACCGGCCUUGUACAGACCUGCUACGGUUCUCAAACAGCUUCAUUUUUUGUUACAUUAACAAAAUGAGUUGUUUCAAGAUAUUGCAUUUUGCUGAAAUACUGCCAGGAUAUAAUAUAUUUGAUUGCAGGAGGGAAGAUCAAAAUGGCAAGCUUACUUAGUGAGGCGGGGUUAAUACUGGAUGUUUAUACUACUCAAAAGAAGUUAGAGAACGUUUUUUCAUAUGACUAUGUUUGAUCUGUCAUGCCUUCCAGUUUUGGGUGUUCCUUGACUUGUUUUCAGUAGUAUACAUUAUAGGUUGUUUAUUCUCUGCCUUCUUUUAUGUACAGCCUCAAGCAUAUAGGUUAGUGAAAAUAGUAUGCACAAACAAAACUAACCACAUUGGGAGGACGAUUUUUCAUAGAUUUAUGUUUUUGAAAGACAGAUGAAUUUUUCUUUGAAUUCACUCUGGACCACUCUGUUGUAUUUCAUCUGUAACUGCUGGGAACAGGAUAGGUCAGGCAUCUAUGGUGCUGAAAUUCAAUCCCUUGCUAGAAAAAGAUGGUGGGAAUCCCCCAAAUAGCCUGGCGCUCGGCAUAUGGGGAUAAAACAAGGACUGUAAGUAAAUGGUUUUCAUCAACACCAUGCCCAUGCUUAUGGAUGUGUCAUUGCUGAAUUAUUUUUGGAAAUGAUGCAUUAGUGUCACAUUUUGCUGUAUGGGCAGUGUCAGAACAGUGGAACACUAGGCAUGAUUUGGCCAGUGAACAGCAAGAAAGAAAUCUAUUUCUUGAUAUUUGAACCAAGUUUCUUCUCUUUACAUGGAUCUUAAAAUAAGGUCCAUUUGUAGGCCUGAGUGUAGCAUACACAUAACACUCCAUACUUCAUCUACAUUUUCUCACAUACUACUUGGAGAACAGGAGAGGCUGAUCGACCACACCAAAUUUUAACAAUCUAUGUUUGCAGAAACAGCGUUUCUUAUUUUCCCACUGAAACCGUGCCAGGUCUUGCUUCAGUGUAAUAUAUUAGUGCUAUGAAAGGCCAAAAUCAAAUCCUGCUGACCAAUGGGAUCAAGUGUUCACUCGCUGAUGAAUGUCAUAUCCCAAUUGCGUAGAUCAAUGCUCAUCAUGUCAAUCACUUGAUUGUCUGACCAGACUCGAUUAUUUACAGAUCAUCGUCAUAUAGCUGGAAUAUUGCUGAGUGCGGGGUUAAACAAGAAACAAACAAACAAAACUACACCGGAUUUUCCCCACCAUCCAGUCACUUCAUUGAAUGGCUAUUUUUGCCAUUUGAAUAAGGGUCAAAAUUAAAGUAUGGUUGGAAAUUGGUCCUGGAUAUGUAUCGAUAAAACAAAC